UUAAACUGCGUAUUUACUUAUAUAUCUUAUCGUUUCACUUUUUUAUAUUUGGUCGGUAAUGGGAUAUAAUCUGCUGAUAAUGUAGAUCGCACGAAUGAGCGCAACGAGUGCAACUCUGCAUGUUACGUAAAUAUACCGUCCGCCAUACUAGAAGCGCAAAUAUUCAAAAUAAAAGAAUAAAAUCUAGUUUCUAAUAUAACUGAUAAUCUUUCCUCGAUGUUUUUCCGCACGAAUCCGAGAGACGCACUUUUACUCCCUUUACGAUCCUUUUUGCCACCCGUCAUAAAACGUGCGCAGAGAUUUUCCCAAGAGCACCCGAGCCCUCUGCCUGCAGCACAUCUGGGUCCUUACCCCCCCCCCCCCUCCGCUUUUCUCUCUCUCUCUCUCUCUCUCUCUCUCCCUUUCCCUCUCCCUCCCAAAAACUACUUGGCGUGCAGCCGAGGAUGAAGCUACUUGGAUCUCAGUCUACAGCUAAGCUUUCACCCGGAAUGAUCUACCUUGUCCCGUACUAUUUCCCGUACACACUUUUAAGCGGCCUAUUGUCGGUCUCAAGCCCAAAGAAAACGCAGAGAGAAAGUGUUGUUAAUAAUUGUAAAAUCGUCCUCAUUUAACAAAUAAUAAUCGCGCGCUUGAAAUCGAACUAUAAGUUCUAAAGACGAAACGAACCGACCUUAUAUUCCCGGACGCGAAACGCGGGAGGAAACCAGACGUUUCAACUCAACUAGUAAUGCGACAGGCGACUUUGAAAACUAUGACUGAUGCAGACAGAAGGUCGAGUCGGUUGUGGUCGGAAAUCGGGGAAUCCUGAUCCAGCGGAAUCUAAAAAAGAUAUUUGCAACGAUGCCGAUCCGUAUGUUAUUGCAUUUUUUAACAAUUAACAAGCAGUGUCAAUGAGAUUAAAAUUUUUCGAAUUCACUGGAUUAGUAUCUCUUCAGUGUUAACGAUGACCUUUUUCUUGUAAAACAAAUGAAUUCCUUGACUGUAAUUUGAAUUUAAAAACAAAUCAAUACCCAGUUUUUAAAUGGUUCAAAGGUUUUAAAACAAAAUGUUUAAAAAGUGUUUGGAAAAUCGUAUUGUGUGCCGAAGUCCAGGGUUCAAAUGUUACCUGUGUGAUCAUGAAAUUCAAGAUAAAAAUUUCAUUGCUAUUAAAAAACACAUUGAAACAGAUAAACAUCAACAGAGGAUAAAUGGAAUAGAUAAAACAAUGAGAGCUGAUGUAUCACGAAAACUAGAGACAGUUUCAGAAAAACAGAGAGGGAUAAUCGCUAAGAAUCAAAUUACAACUGAUGUAAAACAUAACUUUUUAUACUGCCACAUUUGCAAGUGUUCAAUAUCUGGAAUAAGCAAUACAUUGGAACAUAUUAAAGGUUCUUGUCACGCUAGAAACUUUUCAGCAAUUGAGAACAAAAAUCAAGUGAACAUGCCAAAAAAUAGUAGUACGAAUCAGGUAGGAUGUAAUAAUUUAACCAAUAAUGAUUACAUUACUUUAGAUAAAAAAACAAAGUGGUUCAAGUGCCAUGCUUGUAAUUGCCAAAUUAGCGGCUCAAAGAAUGUGUUGCAACAUACUCAAACAAAUCUUCAUAAAGACGCAGCUAAUGCAAUCAAAGACAAAAAGAUUUUUACAUUAGUUAAACAAUCAAUUGAUCAUAAUGUAUCCAUACCAACUAAAUCAAAAGAUGAUUUUAUGGAAAUUUGUUUCUGUACAUCAUGUCAAAUUAAUUUGAAAAAUACUGCGAUGCUACAAUUUCAUAGUCUGAUGCAUUUUUACAAAGAUGUUAAAACUCCAUUGAUUCUUGAUAUUAUAAAGUUUAGAUUUGACCAGUACGACAAACCUAGUAUACAAUGCCUGCUCUGUAAUACUUUUGUACACAAUAAUCAAAUUGUUGAUACACACUUUGGAUCACCGUUACACUUGGAACGUUUAAAAUUUUUUAAGCAUAUACAAGAUGAUAUUGAAUUGGACGAUGCAGAUAAUCAACAAAUAGAUUUAGAAAAAAUGAAUUUUAAACCUCACAAGCAAAUUUCAAAAUCCCUACUCUGUACAUUAUGUGAUGUUUCAGUGUCAACAGCUGCUGAUAAAAAGGAUCAUCUAAAAGGAAAAAAGCACAAAAAUAAUUCACUACUUCAUUUAGAAAAUAAAAUUGAAAAAAUUAGUAAUAAAAUAUCUGUUGCUGAUUAUCCAUAUUUUUAUCCAUGUUACUUGUGUGAAAAAUCAUUUAUCAAUGCUGAGAAUUUAUUGGAUCACUAUCAAGAAAAGAAGCAUAAACUCAAACUAAAGUUUUUCAGGUUGGUCACUAAAAACUCUUACAUUACUUUUAUUCAAGUAAAAAGCAAACAAGCAGCUAAAUGUAGACUGUGCAUGAUUUUUAUGUAUGAUUGCACAUCUAUUAUAAAUCAUACAUUGGGAAAAAAGCAUCUGCAAAGAGAAAAAAAUUCAGAUCUUUCAAUGAGUUCUCGUAAUUCGAGUUCAGAUAAUAGUCAAAGCACCAACAAUAAUAAAAUAGUAACUCUACGAACAGUACCCGUCAAGCCUUCAAGCUCUAAAUCAUCAAACCCAAAACAGAAAAAUAAUUAUGAAACAAGCACAGAAGAAUUACUCAAAUUAGAGUUUAGUGUUGAAAAUUUAAAUUCUGCUGCAUCAAUUGAAUCAAUCUCAGUAGAUGUAGAUGAUGCAUUAAACGAUUUAAUUUCUCUUGACUUGACAGUUUCUCAGCAAAAAAAAUUAUCACGUUCAUCAAGAGUAAGAAAACCAAGGACACCAAACGCUGAAGGUAAAAAAACAAUUUCUUCAUUCAACCAAAAUGCAUAUAUUUGGGGAAAAAGUUAUAUCAAGCAUUGUAUAAAUUUGGGUGUAUAUAAUAUUUAUAACGUCAAUCCUGAUAAACUUCGCUUAUUAAAAUUAGGAACUUCUUUAAUUUUUCCUUGGCAAAGUGAACAUGCUUGUCUUGUUUGUGGAGAACAGUUUGUCAAUCAACAAAUUCUUUUUGAACAUCUUCAGGAUGCUAAACAUAUAGAAAAUUUACAGCUAAUGAAAGAAAGUGACAAAGAGUUUCAAUUUUAUGACGAACAGUUUAGUGAUUUAGAGCUGGCUAAAAACUAUAUGCAAGAGGAAUCUAAUGAUUUGGUUCAUUGUUAUGCUUGUGAGAAUAAAGUGAAGAACGAUGACACAUACAUUCGUUUACAUAUUGGAGAAUCAAAUCAUAUUAAUAAAAGUCAAUUAUGGAGAAAGCUAUCAGAUGAAAUUUAUAAAAACUUAUCUGUCAUCUUUGAGGAAGCUUGGUAUUAUGCACAAGUGUUUCUUUGUGAUAUUUGCAAAAUAAAGAAUGACAUGGAAAUAGACUUUGUAAUGCAUUUGGAAACGCAAAAGCAUGUUCAAAAUGUUACCAAGUUAUUGCAAAAAGGCAUUAUGACUAAAUUUGGUAUGUGCCCAGUUUGCAUAACUUGCUGGUAUGCUAGUUCCGAUUUUUAUACAGUGCAUUGUCAAGAUCAGUUACAUAAACGUUUUGCAAAAAAUGGUGAUUUCAUGGUCCCCAAUAUGACAAUUACAGCUCUAGAUUUACUAGAGAAUGUUGAUGAACAAAUUGAUUUUCUAUUAAAUGAAUCAAAUAAAGCAGUUCUAGAGAAAUACAAAGAAACUGAAUUAUUAAAAGCUAUUGAAGAAACAGUAGAGUCUAUAUAUCCCAAUGCAAAAGCUCAUACUUUUGGUUCAAGACUUUCACAUUUAGGAUUUGUUGACAGUGAUGUGGAUAUAUUUUUAGAUUGCAACAAUUUAUACUACAGCAGAACAACAAAGGAGCAAAGUCAGCAUUAUUUAAUGUCAGUAAAGAAAAAUUUUGAAACCAAACCAAAUAUCUGGAUUGUUGACGAAGUUUUGUUAGUUACUAGAGUGCCCAUUUUAAAACUACGACACAUACCAACUAUGCUCAAGUGUGACAUUUCGUUUAUAAAUGGUCUUAGUGUUGAAAAAUCAAAACUAAUAGGGUUCUAUAAUACAGCUUAUUCCGUAUGUAGAGAAUUGAUUCUCUAUUUGAAAAGAUGGCUAACUCUUUGUAGAAUUACAGGCUCAGAUUGUAUCACAACCUUUGCAAUAUCAUGGUAUGUUAUAUUUUAUUUGCAAAUCAAAGGGAUUUUACCAUCCGUAUAUGAGUUGAUACAACUAAAAAAUGAAUCCAAAAUAGUUGAUGGCUGGGAGUGUGGUUUUGUGGACAAUUUUUCAGCAAACCAUUCAGAUUUGAAUUUUAGAGAACAUUUAAAAGGAUUUUUUAAUUACUAUGCUGAGUUUGACUACAAAGCCGAUGUAGCUUGCCCUUAUUUGGGUAAAAUUAUUAAAAAGCAUACUUUUGCGUAUAAAGAUGAAUUACCCAUAGAAAUGCAAAUUUAUAAAUAUAGGUUGCAAGUUAACUACAUGGAAACAUUUCGAUUUGAUUCUCCAAUGUGCAUACAAGAUCCAAUUGACCUGUCUCAGAAUAUAACAAAAGCAGUUAAGAAACAUCACUUGAGGUGUUUCAGACAAUACUGCACUGAAAGUGCUGCAAAGUGUUAAUUUUACUUGUAACUUGACAAAUGCAUUGUGAUAUAAAUAAUAGGACAAUCCUGUGAUUACUAUGUUCUACAUAAUCGUUGUUUCAUAUAUUUUAACUUCAAGACGUGAAAUGUCUUACGAUGACAUGUAUUGACGUUUAAGUGCUAAGAGCAAAAAACUUAAAAUUAAUUUUUCUUUUCAAAUAUUUGCUCUUGAGAUACGAAUAUUUUGUACUUCCUUUUAUAAAUAAAAUAUUUUUGAAACAAAA